UACUUUGUGGCCAUGAUGUACAUGUUCCUGGGGGUCUCCAUCAUUGCGGACCGCUUCAUGGCCUCCAUCGAAGUCAUCACAUCCAAAGAGAAGGAGAUCACCAUCACCAAAGCCAACGGGGAGACCAGCAUUGGCACCGUGAGGAUCUGGAACGAGACUGUCUCCAACCUCACCCUCAUGGCUUUGGGUUCCUCAGCUCCUGAAAUCCUUCUGUCCGUCAUCGAGGUCUGUGGCCAUAACUUCCAGGCAGGGGAACUGGGUCCUGGCACAAUUGUGGGCAGCGCAGCCUUCAACAUGUUUGUGGUCAUCGCCGUCUGCGUCUACGUCAUCCCCAACGGCGAGAGCCGCAAGAUCAAGCACUUGAGGGUCUUCUUUGUCACCGCUUCCUGGAGCAUCUUCGCCUACAUCUGGUUGUACCUGAUCUUGGCUGUCUUCUCACCAGGGAUCGUCCAAGUCUGGGAGGCCCUGUUGACCCUGGUCUUCUUCCCAGUGUGCGUUGUCUUCGCCUGGAUAGCUGACAAACGUCUCUUGUUCUACAAGUAUGUCUACAAGAGAUAUAGGGCAGACCCACGCAGUGGGAUCAUAAUUGGAACGGAGGGGGAGUUCCCCAAAGGCAUCGAGAUGGACGGAGGAUUUGUGGCCAAUGACCACCGAGAGAAUGUCUAUGUAGAUGGCAGUGCGGCGUCCGUGGCUCCCCUUCCCGUCGUCACCCAGGAGGAGAAAGAGUUGGACGAGAGUCGCAAAGAGGUUAUCCAGAUCCUCAAAGACCUCAAGCAGAAGCACCCCGACAAAGAACUGGAGCAGCUGGUGGAGAUUGCCAACUACUACGCUCUACUGCAUCAACAGAAGAGUCGGGCUUUCUACCGCAUCCAGGCGACACGUAUGAUGACCGGGGCAGGCAACAUCCUCAAGAAACAUGUCACGGAAUUCUCCAAGAAGUCCACCAACCUUCUGGACGUGCCUUCAGAAGCCGAGGUGGAAGAGAACUACAGCAAGAUCUUCUUUGAGCCAUUCAUGUACCACUGCUUGGAGAACUGCGGCUCGGUCACGUUGACCGUGACUUGCCAGCAAGGUGGAGACACCUACAACACGUUCUACGUAGACUACAAGACCGAGGAUGGUUCAGCCAAAGCAGGUUCAGAUUACGAGUAUAGCGAGGGCACCCUGAUCUUCAAACCCGGCGAGACCCAGAAGGAGUUGAAGAUCGGCAUCAUUGAUGAUGACAUCUUUGAAGAAGAUGAACAUUUUUUCGUCCGGCUUCUCAACCUGCGGGUGGGCGACGCGGAAGGCAUGUUUGAGUCGGACUCUGCUGAGCACCCUAAGGGACGCCUGGUGGCCCCGCUGGUGGCCACUGUGACUAUUCUGGAUGAUGACCAUGCUGGCAUUUUUGCUUUCCAGGACAAACUGUUAAGGGUCAGCGAAUGCCAAGGGACCCUGGAGGUCAAGGUCACCCGGAGCUCGGGGGCCCGAGGAACUGUGAUGGUCCCCUACCAGACGGUGGAGGGAACGGCUCAAGGAGGGGGUGUAGACUAUGAGGACUCCUGUGGGGAACUAGAAUUCAAGGACGAUGAAACUAUAAAAUCGCUUCACGUGAAAAUUGUGGACGUCGAAGAAUAUGAGAAAAAAGACAGUUUCUUCAUCGAACUGGGCCAGCCCCGUUGGUUGAAAAGGGGGAUCUCUGGGAUCUUCCCUAUUCAGGAGCAGUCCGACGGUGACAAGAAACUCUCUGCCGAGGAGGAGGAGGCCUGGCGGAUUGCGGAGAUGGGCAAACCCGUCCUGGGGGAGAACUCCCGCCUGGAGGUGAUCAUAGAGGAGUCCUAUGAUUUCAAGAACACGGUGGACAAACUCAUCAAGAAAACCAAUCUGGCCCUGGUGAUCGGCACCCACUCUUGGCGGGAGCAGUUCCUGGAGGCCAUCACUGUGAGUGCAGGUGUCGAAGACGAGGAUGAAGACGGCAGAGAGGAGAGGCUGCCCUCUUGCUUCGACUACGUCAUGCAUUUCCUGACUGUCUUCUGGAAGGUUCUCUUCGCCUGCGUGCCGCCCACCGAGUACUGGAACGGCUGGGCCUGCUUUAGUGUUAGCAUCCUGGUCAUCGGCAUGCUGACCGCUCUGAUCGGCGACCUGGCCUCCCACUUCGGCUGCACCGUGGGGCUCAAGGACUCUGUGAAUGCGGUCGUCUUUGUGGCCUUGGGCACCUCCAUCCCAGAUACCUUUGCCAGCAAAGUGGCCGCCCUGCAGGACCAGUGCGCGGAUGCGUCUAUCGGCAACGUGACGGGCAGCAACGCGGUCAAUGUCUUCUUGGGCUUGGGAGUGGCCUGGUCCGUGGCAGCCAUCUACUGGGCUUUCCAAGGCAAAAACUUUGAGGUGCAGACGGGCACCCUGGCUUUCUCCGUCACCCUCUUCACCAUCUUUGCCUUCGUUUGUAUCAGCGUCCUCAUGUACCGCCGGCGGCCCCACAUAGGGGGAGAGCUGGGGGGUCCCCAAACCGCCAAAAUCCUGACCACCACCCUCUUCAUAGGCCUCUGGCUGCUCUACAUCCUCUUUGCCGGCCUGGAGGCCUACUGCCACAUCAAGGGCUUCUGA